CUGCGGCGCGCCUGAGGCCGGGCCGGGCGGGCGCCGGCGGGGCUGCAGCACCGAAUACCAUGUGACUUGACCUGAAUUGAUGACCUCGUCAUCUGCCAUGUGAUCUCCAGGAGUGCACUGGCCUCUGCUUUUGGAACACCAGGCAACAGAAGGUCUAGCUACCCAGGGCCGCAUCAAAGGGACCGAGGAAAGAAGAGAACAGUCACAGUGGCCGGUGCAGAGGAUCCCCAACAAAGUAACAGAGGAGACUGUGGAUGAGUCAAGACUGCCCAUCCCUUACAGAGCCAGGUCAUAACACUGACUCAAGCCUGGACUUCAGGGUGAUGCAACUAAAAAGGAUGAUAGAAAUAAACCCAUCAGCGAGGGCUUGGAAGAAGGUGAUGCCAAGGUUGAGUCUCGCUGUACCCCAGGUUGAGCUGAAAUUCGCUAUGUAGUCUCAGGCUGGCCUUGAACUCACUGUGAUCCUCCUACCUUGGCCUCCUUCAUGCUGGAAUUAAAGAUGUGUGCCACCACACUUGGCUGUUUUAAUCAGCAUGAGGAAAUAAUUAAAAAUUUUAAUGGUCCGCAAAACACAACCACAGAAAACACUGGAGCCUGGUAUGUGGCAGGACAGUUCACAGUGGCCAACUCAAAGUCCUGCCCUUGGCUGUGAUGAAGAAUGUGGGGACCUUGUCCCACUCCCCAUGCUUAUUCCGCUCCCUCGUGUCUUCAGGAGUUUUUUUUUUUGAGAAAAAUGCACUCAUUGAAUCAACUGCAGUCUCUCCCCUACACAACUCUUAAGAAACUAGCAUUGUAGAAGUGAAUUAAACUGAAACUCAUCUGCAGCUGAGAAAAGCAAAGAUGGAGAUUUGAGGGGCGAAGGUAGCAUGGUGUCGGCCAUGGGUGAUCAGGACACAGCCAGACAAUGUGGACCAGUUUCUUCAAGCUGCGGGUCUUCUGCUGUCUGCUUGCCGUGCUGAUGGUGGUGGUGCUGGUGGCCAAUGUCGCUCAGGUGGAGUACUUGGACCAUGAGACUGUCUCAGCCACAUUCAUCGACAGCAGUGGACAGUUUGUUUCCUCGCAGGCUACAGGCCUCGGCCGGAAUCCCUACUGCGGCUAUGAGCGCCAGAGCCUGUCCAGCCGGGAGCGCAUAGAGGAGGACUCCUUGCUGGCUGCCUUGCAGUGGCAAAUGCCUGGUGUGGGCCCCGUUCCCUUUGCAAAGAGCACCGACCCUUCCUCCAGCUAUUUCGUCAUCUUAAACUCCACAGGCCUCUUCCAGGUGGGCAGCCAGCUGGAGGUGCUGGUGCACGUGCAGGACUUCCAGAGAAAGCCCAAGAAGUACGGUGGAGACUACCUGCAGGCCAGGAUCCACUCCCCCCGGCUGCAGGCUGGGGCCGUGGGGCGGGUGCUAGACUACCAGAACGGCUUUUACAAGGCGUUUUUCACUCUGCUCUGGCCAGGCAGGGUUAAGGUGUCCAUCUCGCUGGUUCACCCCAGCGAAGCGGUCCGAGUGCUUCAGCGCCUCCAGGAAGAGAAACCAGACAGGGUCUAUUUCAAGAGUCUUUUCCGUUCAGGAGGAGUUUCUGAGACUACUGAGUGCAAUGUGUGUCUUCCUGGGGGUCUUCCCCUGUGCAACUUCACAGACCCCUAUACUGGGGAGCCCUGGUUCUGCUUCAAGCCAAAGAAGCUUCCGUGCAGCAGCCGCAUCAACCACUUCAAGGGUGGCUACCUGAAGGGCCUCCUGACCGCCGCGGACAGCGCGCUCUUCCAGAGUGGUGUCAAUAUCAAAAUGCCAAUCAACUCCAGUGGACCUGAUUGGGUGACAGUAAUUCCCAGGAGAAUGAAAGAAACUGACCUGGAAACGCCUCAAGACUCAGGAAGUUUUCCUUCUGGGUAUUUCUACAAAGACCAGUGGAGGCCUAGGGAGUUUAAGAUGCGCCAGUUCAAUGACCCUGACAACAUUACAGAGUGCUUGCAAAGAAAGAUGGUGUAUUUAUUGGGUGACUCAACAAUCAGGCAGUGGUUUGAAUACCUUACUGCAUUUGUUCCAGAUUUAGUGGAGUUUAACUUGGGCAGUCCGAAGAAUGUGGGGCCUUUCCUUGCUGUGGACCAGAAGCACAACAUCUUGCUCAAAUACCGCUGCCAUGGGCCACCUAUCCGCUUCACGACUGUCUUUAGCAACGAGCUCCGUUACGUGGCAAACGAACUGAAUGGGAUCGUGGGAGGGAAGAACACAGUGGUUGCCAUAGCUGUGUGGUCUCACUUUAGUACCUUCCCCUGGGAAGUGUAUAUCCGGCGACUCAGGAACAUCCGACGAGCAGUGGUCCAGCUCCUGGAUCGAAGUCCUAAGACCGUGGUGGUCAUCCGGACAGCCAAUGCCCAAGAGCUGGGGCCAGAGGUGAGCCUUUUCAACAGUGACUGGUACAACUUCCAGCUGGACACUGUCCUUCGGAGGAUGUUCUCGGGUGUUGGCGUGUACCUUGUUGAUGCCUGGGAGAUGACCCUAGCUCAUUACCUACCCCAUAAGCUGCAUCCAGAUGAAGUGAUUGUGAAGAACCAGCUGGACAUGUUCCUGUCUUUUGUGUGCCCUUUGGAGACCUAGCCUGUCCUCACAGUGACCAAAGGAAGUAGAUUCAGUGACCUUCCUAAUUGAGCAGAAUUUUAGGAAGUUUGUAAUUGGUCCCAUGGUGAGAUGGCUACCAUCAACAUGUAUAACAUUUUUAAAAAAGAGCCAUAGUUUGAAUAAUGAUUUAUAAUAAACUUAGACAAUGCAGGCUAUAUUUAUAUCUUCCUUUAGGAUUUUUCCCAAUCUUGACUUUACCAUGGUAGAACUCUUACUAUGAGCACCUGCACAUUGGAUUGCCCUUUUAACCACAGAUGCUAAUGAGUGGGAAUCAGUUUUUCCUGAAGUGGAGAUUAUUGUACUAGUGCAUGUGAGAAGUGUUUCGGACGAAUUUGGUUGGCAUUGGUACGCUUUUAGCUUAUCUGGUAAAGGAAAUGAACACAUCUUCAUGAAUAGCACAAGUGAUCCAUCUUUGGGGGGCUGUUGUCUAGAGGGGCCUGUUGUCAGAGCUCCUGGGACUACAAUGAAGACUGACAUAUCUCAGGAGUUUCUCUUGACUUUCUCUUGACCUAUCUUUUCUGAAUUACUUGGAAAGGUCAAUGCUCAUGAUUCGAAUUUUAUAGUGAGGUUAUUGACAAUUUCCUGCUUUUAUCUAGGAAAGAAGCAAAAGGAAAUGAGAAAUCAUAAAAUCUGUGCUUUGAGUUAAUAUUUGCAUUGGAUAAUUAUUUAUUUGAUUCAGCUAAAUUUUAUGUGAGGGAUACUUAUUCUUGAAUAACCACUUUUGAAACUGAAAGGGGGAAAUCUAGAAAUAGAAAUUUAUUUUUAUGUUCUAAAGCUUGUGGGUCUUAAGAAUUGACUCAUAUGUAAAGAAUGCUGUUGACUAUCAUAAAAACAUAGUUUUUUUCUCCCCACCAAUUUCAAUUGUAUUCUUUCUUUUUUCGUGUUUUUCCAACUAUGUGUAAAAAUUUGAAAUAAAAACCUAAUCAGAAAUAAUAAAGUUAGCUAUUAAAAUCCAUGACAGAUAUUUCUUGAUUUGGCCAUUAGGUGUCCACACUGACUAUGCUUGGGAGUAAGAAGCUGCUGUUUGCUAUUUGGUAUUCCUAUUGGCUAUCUUCCUUUUCUUCUUGGCCCUGUGAGUCAAACCCAGGACCUUGAACAUGCCAGACAAUUGCUGUCCAACUGAAAUAUAUCCUUAGCCAUCCCUAAUCCAUUACUGGUGUUCCAAAGUUUAAAAUAAAUAUCAGUUUUAUUAGACUUUAAUCUUAUCAAUUCUAAAUGAGGUUAAGCUAAAUUUAGGAUUAUUUAGUGAGUCUGCUUAUUUUAAUUUUAGCUGUCCCUUAGUAAACAUGCAGAGAAACAGGGUGGCUUUGGAGAUGACUAUGGGUGCUUGAAGCAUGAAAAGUAAGUACCCUUGAAGCAUGAUUUUUUUUUUUAUUAAGUAGAAGCUUAUAAGGGCACACCAUAUGUUAGUGCCAUACUCACAGGGUCCUCUUCAGUGGCAUUGCUGGUAUUACCCCUGGGGUUGCUGGUUAUGAGAUAUGAGAACAUCAGUCAAUCAUUGUUGGGGGGCAAUGCCUCUGGACAUUCCCUUCCACUCUGGCUGUUACAACAUUUCCAUCUGCUUCCGCAGAAUCCCCUGAGCCAUGGUGAGUGUGUUUUAAGCCUACUUCAGUGCUGUGCUCUCAGCAGGUUCUGGAUUUCUGCCUUGGUGUGUUUUGAAUAUGGUCCCUGUCUGUCUCCAUGACUAGCACUGG